UGACGAGAACAAAGUCUAGAGGGCAUGUUGCUUCUUGUACGAGAUCCAAAGACCCCAUAGCCAUGAGGAUUGGGUUUUUGGGCCCAUUACUCCGUGCCACCACGCGUGCCAUGCAUAUCCAAAUUUGACUAAGUAUGGGAGCCACCCCCAUGACACGCAGAGGGGAGUGGGCAUCAUACCACCACCCUGAGGACGUGACAAGGGGGUGGACAUAAUACCGCCACCCCAUGACAUGAUGAUGGGGGUGAUUGCCGAAUUUGGCUAAGGCAAGGAGUAUGGGAGCCACCCCCAAGAGGUACAAAGGGGGGUGGCCAUCAUCGUACCACCCCCAGGAGGUACCAAGGGGGGUGGCCACCAUACUACCAGCUCCCAUGAGGAUGAUAUAGUGGUGGGGUGAUCCAUAUGAUCCCAUGGGGGAUGCCUCCAAUGAUAUGGUGAAGGGAUCACCAACGUACCACCCCCAUGGUAUGAUCAGGGGGUGGGGGGUCACCAACGCCGGCUCCCAUGAGGAUGAUAUAGUGGCGGGAGUGAUCCAUAUGACCCCCAUGUAGGAUGCCCAAUGGUAUGGUGAAGGGGUCACCAAUGUACACUCCCAUGGUAUGGCUAAGGCAAGUGGGUCAUGUGAGCAGGUGGUAAGUGGUAUUUCUUUAUGCCUUGGCCAUUUUUACUCUAUGGAUAAGCAAAACUACGAAGGAGAUGCCAAGAGCAGAGGUUGAGGUCUCAAGAGGAGGAAGUCAAGACUGAAGAGGAUCCCACAUCCAACAUCAAGGUAACCGUCAUAGCAAUUGAGUGGGUAACCGUCACUCCACGUCAGCAGAGCGGUUUCUUGGGCAGUUACUUCUGGUGGCUAUAAAUAGGAGGUGAAGAUGACAGAGAAAGGGUUCGCCAAAAUCACACCAGACAACCUAUUGUCAAAUUUUAUUCUUUUAUCUUUACCUUUUCCUCUGCAAAUGUAGCCAUAGUUGUAGUUUCGGAGCUCUCGCUGAACCUCCAUAGGAGUAGAAUUAAUGUAAUUUAGUUUGCCUCGUACAUCACCAAGAACAUCGAACGCCCUUGUUUGAACUUUGUUCAAAGAGGUGUGGACCGUGUUUCUUAAUCGUUUAUUUGGAAGUCAAAAGGGUGCAAAAUCCAAUUCUGUUCAUCUAAUUUUUCUCACCGGGAAAACAACUACGAACUCUGGAUUUCCUCAGCUGCAGUCCUUCUCCCCAAUCAUCAUCGAUCUCCCCAUUUCUUUACAGUUUCCAAUCAGAUUCGAUCUGCAGCCGGGAUAUACAUCUAUAUAAACGGAUGUCCGAAGACAAAUAGGCAAUUAAGUCGCUAGCACUAGCACAGGAAAUGGGUGAUGCGGUGCGAUACAGAGGCGUCAGGCGGCGGCCGUGGGGAAAAUUCGCGGCGGAGAUUCGCAACACUAACAAUUACGGCGCCAGGCUCUGGCUCGGAACUUUCAGUACCGCCGAGGAAGCUGCCAGAGCAUACGAUGGUGCCGCUUUCUCGAUGAGGGGCUCUCUUGCCAUCCUCAAUUUCCCCGACGAAUACCCUCCAACGGCCGCGCCAGCUGCUGCCCGUACAGUUGCGAGCGACGUCACUACUUCUUCAUGUUCAGCUUCUUCUUCUUCUUCGUCAGCAUUGUUACCCUUUUCGUCUCAGCGGGGGGCGGGCAGAGAGCAAGGGAAAGAAGUGUUCGUGAUUGAGUGUAUGGAUGAUAAAUUGCUUGAAGAGCUUCUUGAUUUCCAGGACGAUGACCGCAACUAUCCCAAAGAUUAAUGAAUUGGUAGGUCCCGCCAUGCCAACUGGAGGGAGUGAAAGCCCUCCGAACGUAGCUCUGUUCUAGGCCUACUGUAAAUGUCCAUAGCUUUUGUAGCACAAGUAGGUUUUCUCUGUUUUUGUUUUCUUUCUUCGUCCAUUUGUUGGUUUACGUCCAUGGGGAGAUUUUUAGUGGGUUGCUGUUUGUACUUUCUGCUACAAGUUGUACAUUAUUGUGGGAUUUAAAAUUUCAAAUCAGCUUUAAUAAUUCUAAGUGUUGACU